CCAGGGGGACCUGGGCUGCUGGAGGCGGCUCCUCCGCUGUCUUUAUUCUGGUGAAGAUGGCGGCCUUCAGUGUAAACAAGGUCGGGGCCGGCGCUGGGAUGGAAGCUGGCAACAGGCAGAGCCGCGGGUCGGCCGGGCCUGUCGUCAAGGUUCUGGAAUGUGGUGUAUGUGAAGAUGUAUUUUCAUUACAAGGCGACAAAGUUCCUCGACUGCUUUUGUGCGGCCAUACAGUAUGUCAUGACUGUCUCACUCGACUUCCUCUCCAUGGCAGAGCAGUUCGCUGUCCCUUUGAUCGGCAGGUUACUGAGCUGGGAGAUUCUGGUGUCUGGGGGUUGAAAAAGAAUUUUGCUUUGCUGGAACUCCUGGAGCGACUCCAAAAUGGACUUGGUGGCCAGUGUGGAGCAACUGAAGAAGCUAUUGGCCUCUCGGGGGAGUGCAUCAUUCGCUGUGAUGAAGAUGAGACUCACCUUGCGUCGGUAUACUGCACUGUCUGCGCAACUCACCUGUGCGCAGAGUGCUCGCAGCUUACGCAUUCUACCAAGACUCUAGCAAAACACAGACGUGUGCCCCUUGCUGAUAAACCUCAUGAGAAGACAAUGUGUUCUCAGCACCAGGUGCAUGCCAUUGAAUUCGUGUGCUUGGAAGAAGGCUGUCAAGCCAGCCCCCUUAUGUGUUGCGUCUGCAAAGAAUAUGGAAAGCAUCAGGGUCACAAACACAGUGUUUUGGAACCAGAAGCAAACCAGAUUCGUGCUUCCAUUUUAGACAUGGCACAUUGCAUAAGGACCUUCACAGAGGAGAUCUCAGAUUAUUCUCGGAAACUAGUUGGAAUAGUUCAACAGAUAGAAGGAGGAGAACAGAUAAUUGAAGAUGGUGUUGGGAUGGCCCAUACAGAACAUGUUCCAGGCACUGCAGAGAAUGCCCGCUCGUGUGUCCGAGCCUAUUUUUCUGAUCUUCAUGAAACUCUCUGUCGUCAAGAAGAAAUGGCUCUCAGUGUGGUUGAUGCCCAUGUGCGAGAAAAAUUGAUUUGGCUCAGGCAGCAGCAAGAAGACAUGACUAUCUUGUUGUCACAGGUUUCAACUGCUUGCCUUCACUGUGAAAAGACAUUGCAGCAGGAUGACUGCAGAGUUGUGUUGGCUAAGCUAGAAAUCACAAGACUUCUGGAAACAUUGCAGAAGCAGCAACAGCAAUUUACAGAGCUUGCAGACCACAUACAGCUUGAUGCUAGCAUUCCAGUCACUUUCACAAAGGACAACAGGGUACACAUUGGGCCAAAAAUGGAGAUUCGGGUUGUAACUCUGGGACUAGAUGGAGCUGGCAAAACAACUAUUUUAUUUAAAUUAAAGCAAGAUGAGUUCAUGCAACCUAUUCCAACAAUAGGUUUUAAUGUUGAGACUGUAGAAUAUAAGAAUCUGAAGUUCACUAUUUGGGAUGUAGGAGGUAAACACAAGCUGAGACCUUUAUGGAAACAUUAUUACCUCAACACACAAGCGGUGGUGUUCGUUAUUGAUAGCAGCCACCGAGACAGGGUCAAUGAGGCACACAGUGAACUUGCGAAGCUGUUGACAGAGAAGGAGUUGCGAGAUGCUUUGCUACUGAUCUUUGCCAAUAAGCAGGAUGUGGCUGGGGCACUUUCAGUGGAAGAAAUCACAGAAUUGCUGAGUCUUCACAAACUCUGCUGUGGCCGAAACUGGUACAUUCAAGGUUGUGAUGCUCGAAGUGGCAUGGGACUCUAUGAAGGACUGGACUGGCUGUCAAGACACCUGGUGGCUGCAGGUGUACUGGAUGUGGCUUAAGUACCUGUCGAACCAUGAUGCUUGAACUUUGGUUAACUUAUUUGUGUGACUUGAGAUGGUUAAACAUGAACUUUGCAUCUAAAACUGUGUUUCCUAAAGAAAACAACUAGCAGUUCUGCUGGAAUGCUUUAUUUGUGUAGUACAGUGAUUGCACAGUUCCUUUAUGUUUGAAAUUAUAGUAAAUGGAUACAGUGGGCUUGACAGAUUUGCAGGAAAGGUGCCUUGAUUUUUAAAGAAAUUUCUUUUCGCCUCCCUCCAAACUCUUAUCACACAGUUACUUUCAGGAUUUGGCAUUUGACAUGUUUGCUUUCAUGGACAGCCUCACUGAAAUCAGUUUUGUUUCCUAAAUCUGAAAAUAUGCAGAGAAGUGUACAAGUGCUUCUUGGCAUUGUCUCUAUUAAAAACUUGCAGUGUUAAAAGAUAGGAAAUUUCCAAUGCAUAAAAGAAGAAAACCAAACUCAAUACUCAUCUUUCAGAUCAUGCUGUGGCUCCUGGUUCUGGAUUGUAAUUUCUGUUGCUUCUUUGUGAUUAAUUCUCUGUAUUUGUGCUAACUACUUAUGUAUAUAUGUACCCCUUCCCUUCCUUAGUACUAUAAAGACAUCUAUGGGCAGCUGACACUAAACACUUUUUACCACUCUGUGCUUCCUGUUAUGUUUUGGAAAAACUAUUCCAUUUAUACUCUUCUUUUGCAGCAUAGGAAUUAUAGAAUAUCUGUAAAUACUUAUCUGAAAGCAUUGGCAAUGAAAUAGGAACAAAAGAACUUUCACAUUCAGUGCUGUAGAACUUCCGGGACAGAUUCUCAUACCAAUGAAAUGUUUCAUAAUUCUGAAAUGUUCUUCUACUUCUUCAGCAGUUGACAGCAAAAUAUUUCCUAUAUAGUAUUUAAUGAAACUCAUUCAGGAACAGCUGCUAUACCUAAAUGAUUGAUAAAGUGAUGCUGAAUCUUGGUUUUGACACAUUUUUUUCUGAAGGUCUGUGGGGCAUGGUCGGUUACUUUCUGCACAAAUAAUGGGGUAGACCCAACCAGCUCUUCCAUUCAAUCUUGCCCAUCUUUCCUUCUUACUACAGCCCUGUCUCACAUGGCUUUUAUCCGUGUAGUUCACAUAACCUGUAACAAAAUCUAUUUGGGAGCUCAGAGGAAAUCCUUCCUCACUUUUUUCAUCAGCAGAAAAGUUAGUUGCAGUCACCACCUUAGGUGAACAUUCAUUAGCAUGAUUUUAAAAGUCAGUUGAAUUUCUUACCAACUUCCCCCCACCCUGCAUGCUGUCUGUUCAUAAAAAGUUGCAUGAAUUCACAUUCAGCAGCCCUUAAAAUUGUCGGUUUCUUUGCUAAAGGAAUAUUGCUUUUGGCGCCAUGAAUAGAUCCUGAGAAGACUUGGCAGGCAGGGGAUGAAACUCUGUAGUUGUGAUAGAGAUGAAAAAGAAGUAACUCAGAUUGCAACCUUCAAAAGAUUAGCAGUUAUAAAUGUGACAGCAGGUAAAUGAAAUAAGUAUUUAUAUAUUAAAAACACACCUGUAUUAUUAGAGGAAGCUGGUAUAAUUUUGUAAUUAAAAUGGUAGAAGUGGCUAAGUGCUUUGUUAAGCAAGAUACACAUAGUAAAGAUGAUUCCUGAACCUGUGGGACCUUGAGGCCUACAUCAAACUGCCCUGCAAAGCUUCAUAUUCUUCUCUAAAGAUAUUGGGGAACCCCAGGCCUAUUCUAUUGGUUUCUUCACCCAUUCUUCCCAAAUAUUUUUGUGAGGACUGGAUUAUCUCCUCAGCUCCAGAGGGUUGUCUAUUACUUUUUCUAUAGAUUCCCUUCUCUGUUUCCCUAAAUAUUCCUUCCUUCAUAUAAGCCUCUUCAAGCAAAGCUGCUUCUGAUUCCCUGCUGCUAAACUCCUUCAUCUCCCAUUUUGGAGGUUCUUGGAACAAAAAGCACUGUCUUGCAGAACUGACAUGCUGAAAUUCUUCCUGUGUGCUCCCACUAAUGUAACUGUGUAGGUGACAGAUAAAGAGCCUAGAUUCCAGCUGCCUAAGCUUGUUAGGGGUCACCAGACAUACUCAGAGUUGCCCAUCUAUGACACUUGUAUUUCUUGUGAGUCUGCAAAAGGACAUUACCCUAAAUGUGUAGGUUUUUUCCCUUUAGAAUUUGUUGUAGUUUCUAACACCCUUCAUUCUUUUUCCUGCCUCCCAAUCCUAUGAUCUUGUUGGGAUUUGAAUUCUUUGAAUUUAUUCCUUGCUGUCAAUUUUCUGAUGUGAUCUGAUGCAUAUCCUCUUUUCCUUAAGAGCAGGCAUGAUAUCUUCAGUGCAUCUUGGCAAGAAAAUCAGAAUCUUAAGACAUUAUGUUGUACGUUCUAUGAACAUCUCAAUAUAAGAAAUGCACCAUAUUUCCCGGUCACAGCGACUUUACUUCUGUCCUUAAGUUUGUAGUGAGCAUUCCCAAGUUCUGUGUGGGUGUGGUUCUAUUUGUUUUGUCACAUUUUACUGUUGUCAGAUAAGCUGUAAGAAAUGAUACUCAUUUAGCUUAACUGUUCAGUAUGAUCAGGCGUUUGUCUUUUUAUAUUUUGCCAGUCAAGGCAACAGAGAUCCUGCUAGUACUUUUGAUUCAGCCUGUUUUGAUUUGUAUGUGGUGGUUUGAGGAAGGACUUGCUACUUUGACCAUAGUAAGGGUGUUCUGCAUCAUACACAUUAAUUUCCUAGCAAACCUGCUUUUGUAGGGAUUUUGUAGAAGCGUUUAUUUGGCUCUCCAUAUUUUAUGUCUUAAAUAAUUGUGAUAUUCAGGAUAGUCAAGAGUCUCUUGUAAUUCCACAUUGAAGGUCUCACGGGAGCUGCUGUGGAUAGAGCUCUACUGAGGUAGAGCUAAGAGUUGUCUCAGUAAUAGUUGCUUGGCUGCUUGAAGCUACAUUCUAAUUUCUUUGCUCUAUACUAUCGCCCUCAAAAGCGCUGAAUAAAUUCUCAACCCCCCACAUGGGUUCUGGGGAAUGUAUGAAAAAGAAGCAAUUAUGUGUAUCUUUGGUGUGACAGCAUAUAAGCAUACACAGAGCAUGUCACCAGCAGCUUUCCAGUAAUUUGUAAGACAUGGGCUCCUCAGCAGCAACAUUACAAGUGUUUGAAGUGGAUGAAAUCAGCUUGCUUUUGUAACCAGCAUAACUUACUGUGAUUUAGGUACUUUUCUGUUUUGGCUGAUGGAACUGUUCUGUGUAGGCUGAUGUAGAAAGGUUUAGUUUUAUUUUCGUGACUGAAAGAACUUUGAUAAAUGUCUUCUGAAUGCACAACACAUUCAGUGUAGAACAGUAAUGUCCUGGAGCGACUUCUGGCAUAUUUUUAUGCAGUGAAUAAGGCUUAUAACAACAUGUAAUUAUUAUACUAUCACAUUCUGCUACAAACUUUUCUUACUGGGUUUUGUUUUAAGUGGAACAUAUGAUUCUGCAUUAUGUACCAGUCUCACUAGUAGCUGAAUUCUGUUUAGUUACAAUGAGUGGUUUGCUGUCCAAAACAGAAUUAGAGCUUGUUUACUCCAAACACUUUUCUGCCUCAACUAAUAUCCCACUCAAAAUGUACUGCAAGGUUAUAUGGUUUUUUGGGUAGAAGACACUGUUGAGUUUGAAAUAAUUUGGGUGGAGGUUUCCUUUAAAUUAAAAAGACCAGACUUUCACUUCUAUAUUUAGAACACUAUUAAAAUGCAUGAUAUCACUUGAUAUGCAGCAGUUGGGAAGGCUAAAUGUGAAUUGUCAGCUUGAAAGUGGUUUUAAUUGCUGUAGCUUUGCUGUUUUUGGCACUCUGCUUAUUGUAAAACACUCAAAAUGUUGAUGUAGGGUACUGUGGAGAAAAUACUUGUUUGGAAAGCUUAGUUGUUCUUUAUUCCCAACAUGUCAAGUUCUGCUACAAAAGGUAGUGCGCUUGCAUAAAAGUAUUAUAUAAUUGAAAUCAAUUGAAGUGACUGUGAAAAUAAGUGUUACAACUGUCAGAAUUUAAGUAUUACCCAGAAACACUUAGGAGCUUGUUUGUAUUGUAUAUAGCUAAUUAUAAAUUUAAAACUUGUUUAAUAUUUUGUUGAGUUCUAAUUUUGUUUGGUGUACUGAUGUGUGCCAGUUUUAAAGUGUUUUCAACUCCAGUAAUUUUUUUUUUAAAAAAAAAAGCUAGGAUAGGUUGCUUCAGAAGCAAAUUCUUGGACUAAAAGACAUAUUCCUAAAAACCAUUGGAUCAUAGUUAAAUUUUUAACUGGAACUAAAAUGUAACAAUGCUAAACUUCCUGCUUUGAAAGUAAUGUAAUAUAUAAAGCUUUAAUCUCUUGAUAUAUUCCAGCUUUUAGCUGUACGUAACAAUUAACUUUCUAAUGAAUUUGGAAUGAUCAGACAUAAAAGAAGAUUUUUUUGCACCAUGUCCAAACAAUAACAACUAUAUCAUGUAACAAAACAGCUAAAUAGGAACUGCUUUUCAUGAUUGUACUGGUGCAGUUUCAGAAUGACCUUGGACUUAAUAAAAAUUAUUUAACCAAAA